AUUCUGCCACUUCCUUUUUUAAGUUAUUUAAUUAAUUAUUCAUCUCUGCUUCGAGUUUUUCUGGGUGAUGAAUGAUAAUAAAGCUUUUGUGCUUUAAUGGAAGGACCUUGACACACACCUCUCUCUCUCUCUCGUUGCUGUUCGUCUUCUCUACUAGUAUAUGUCUCUAAUCGAUCGUCUUCUUCUUCGUGAGUUUCGUAGAGUAUUUUUGGAUCGACCACAUGCUCAACAUUCGAUCGAUCCGUAAAAAGAUGGUCGAUCUCCUUGGCCAGUUGAAGUAACAAACUAAGUAUCCUCCAAAUGUUAUCAGAAGAGGAGCUACAGAGCAAUGUCUCUGUAGCUAGUUCAUCACCUACUAGCAACUGCAUCUCUAAAGGAGGAGGACUGAAAGUGCAUAACUACUUUGGUCUCUCUGAUUCCUCCUCUGUUGAGAGCUCAACUCUAUCUUGUGGUGAAGAUGACAAAGGCACUAUCAGCCUCAAGGCUACGGAGCUGACACUUGGUCUACCUGGAUCACAGUCUCAUGCUAGAGAGACAAAGCUUGAUGAGAAGCCAUUCUUUCCUUUGCUUCCUUCUAAAGAUGAGAUUUGCUCGUCUUCACACAAGAACAAAAGAGGGUUCUCUGAUACAGUCUAUACUGAGAAAAACUGGAUGUUUCCUGAAGCUGUAGCUAACCAAUCUGUUGUAAAGAAGGAAGUGACAACAAACAUACCCAAGGGACAGUUGAGCACUACAAACAAUAGCUCUAGUCCACCUGCAGCCAAGGCACAGAUUGUCGGUUGGCCUCCAGUGAGAUCCUACAGGAAGAACACACUGGCCACAACUUGUAAGAACAGUGAUGAAGUUGAUGGGAAGCCAGGUUCCGCGGCCCUCUUCGUGAAGGUCAGUAUGGAUGGCGCUCCUUAUCUGAGGAAAGUUGACCUGAGGAGCUACGGUAACUACGGGGAGCUUUCUUCAGCCUUGGAGAAAAUGUUCACAACUUUCACUCUCGGUCAAUGCGGAUCUAAUGGAGCUGCAGGGAAGGAUAUGCUCAGAGAGACCAAACUCAAGGAUUUUCUGAAUGGAAAAGACUAUGUACUCACCUAUGAGGACAAGGAUGGUGACUGGAUGCUUGUUGGAGAUGUUCCAUGGGAGAUGUUUAUUGAUGUGUGCAAGAAGCUGAAGAUAAUGAAAGGCGCUGAUGCCAUUGGGUUAGCUGCAGCUCCGAGAGCAAUGGAGAAAUCGAAGAUGAGAGCUUAAAAGACUGGGGAAAAAAUGACAAAAUAGCUUUCUAACUAUACAAAAUAUGUGCAAUUGAGAUUAUCCCUUUUGGUGGUGUUUUUAGUUUCUGAGAUUAUGAAGAAAACAUAAAAAGGCUACGUUUGUAAUGAAAUGAAGAAGAAUUGAAAAUGAUCUAUUUUGAUGUUGUGGCUGUUUGGUUUGUUCGAACCUACACGUAACUGGUUGUUAUUUC